GGCUUCCUCAGCCGCCGCCUCAAGGGCUCCAUCAAGCGCACCAAGAGCCAGCCCAAGCUGGACCGCAACCACAGCUUCCGCCACAUCCUGCCGGGGUUCCGGAGCGCCACCGCUGCCGCCGCCGCCUCCGCCGCGGACAAUGAGAGGUCCCAUCUGAUGCCAAGACUGAAGGAGUCACGCUCCCACGAGUCCCUGCUUAGCCCCAGCAGCGCGGUGGAGGCGCUGGACCUCAGCAUGGAGGAGGAGGUGGUCAUCAAGCCUGUACACAGCAGCAUCCUAGGCCAGGACUACUGCUUCGAGGUGACGACGUCAUCGGGAAGCAAGUGCUUUUCCUGCCGGUCAGCUGCUGAGCGGGAUAAGUGGAUGGAGAACCUGCGGCGAGCGGUGCACCCCAACAAGGACAAUAGCCGGCGUGUAGAACACAUCCUGAAGCUGUGGGUAAUUGAGGCCAAGGACCUGCCAGCCAAGAAGAAGUAUCUGUGCGAGCUGUGCCUGGACGACGUGCUCUACGCCCGCACCACAGGCAAGCUCAAGACGGACAAUGUCUUCUGGGGCGAGCACUUUGAGUUCCAUAACUUGCCGCCUCUGCGCACAGUCACCGUCCACCUGUACCGGGAGACUGACAAGAAGAAGAAGAAGGAGCGGAACAGCUACCUGGGCCUAGUGAGCCUGCCUGCUGCCUCAGUGGCUGGACGGCAGUUUGUGGAGAAAUGGUACCCAGUGGUGACACCCAACCCCAAGGGCGGCAAGGGCCCCGGGCCCAUGAUCCGCAUCAAGGCGCGCUACCAGACCAUCACCAUCCUGCCCAUGGAGAUGUACAAGGAGUUUGCUGAGCACAUCACCAACCACUACCUGGGGCUCUGCUCAGCCCUCGAGCCCAUCCUCAGCGCCAAGACCAAGGAGGAGAUGGCGUCCGCCCUGGUGCACAUCCUGCAGAGCACAGGCAAGGUGAAGGACUUUCUCACGGACCUGAUGAUGUCGGAGGUGGACCGCUGUGGGGAUAAUGAGCACCUCAUCUUCCGGGAGAACACGCUGGCCACCAAGGCCAUCGAAGAGUACCUCAAGCUGGUGGGCCAGAAGUACUUGCAGGAUGCACUAGGUGAGUUCAUCAAAGCGCUGUAUGAGUCGGAUGAGAACUGCGAAGUGGACCCAAGCAAGUGUUCAGCCGCUGACCUCCCUGAGCACCAGGGCAACCUCAAGAUGUGCUGUGAACUGGCCUUCUGCAAGAUCAUCAACUCCUACUGCGUCUUCCCUCGGGAGCUGAAGGAGGUGUUUGCCUCAUGGAGGCAGGAGUGCAGCAGCCGUGGCCGGCCAGACAUCAGCGAACGCCUCAUCAGCGCCUCUCUGUUUUUGCGCUUCCUGUGCCCGGCCAUCAUGUCGCCCUCACUCUUCAACCUGCUACAGGAGUACCCCGAUGACCGUACUGCCCGCACCCUCACCCUCAUCGCCAAGGUUACCCAGAACCUGGCCAACUUUGCCAAGUUUGGCAGCAAAGAGGAGUACAUGUCGUUCAUGAACCAGUUCCUGGAACACGAGUGGACCAACAUGCAGCGCUUCCUAUUGGAGAUCUCCAACCCUGAGACCAUCUCCAACACAGCUGGCUUCGAGGGCUACAUCGACCUGGGCCGCGAGCUGUCCAGCCUGCACUCGCUGCUUUGGGAGGCUGUCAGCCAGCUGGAGCAGAGCAUUGUGUCCAAACUGGGGCCCCUGCCUCGGAUCCUGAGGGACGUCCACACAGCACUGAGCACCCCAGCCAGCGGGCAGCUAACAGGGACCAACGACCUGGCCUCCACGCCUGGCUCCGGCAGCAGCAGCAUCUCGGCUGGGUUGCAGAAGAUGGUGAUCGAGAACGAUCUCUCUGGUCUGAUAGAUUUCACCCGGUUACCGUCUCCAACCCCCGAAAACAAGGACUUGUUUUUUGUCACAAGGUCCUCCGGGGUCCAGCCCUCGCCUGCUCGCAGCUCGAGUUACUCAGAAGCCAACGAGCCUGAUCUUCAGAUGGCCAACGGUGGCAAGAGCCUGUCCAUGGUGGACCUCCAAGAUGCCCGCACACUGGAUGGGGAGGCGGGCUCCCCAGCUGGCCCCGACACCCUCACCACUGACGGGCAGGUGCCUGCAACUCAGCUGGUGGCUGGGUGGCCGGCCCGGGCAGCCCCAGUGAACCUGGCAGGACUGGCCACCGUGCGGCGGGCAGGCCAGACACCGACCACACCCGGCACCUCAGAGGGUGCUCCUGGCCGGCCCCAGCUGUUGGCACCGCUCUCCUUCCAGAACCCUGUCUACCAGAUGGCAGCUGGCCUGCCGCUGUCGCCCCGCGGCCUUGGCGACUCGGGCUCUGAGGGCCACAGCUCCCUGAGCUCUCACAGCAAUAGCGAGGAGUUGGCAGCUGCUGCCAAGCUGGGAAGUUGCAGCACCGCUGCCGAGGAGCUGGCGCGGCGGCCCGGUGAGCUGGCGCGGCGGCAGAUGUCGAUAACUGAAAAAGGCAGUCAGCCCACCGUGCCGAGGCAGAACAGUGCCGGCCCCCAGCGGAGGAUUGACCAGCCGCCCCCUCCGCCCCCUCCGCCACCCCCUGUGCCCCGUGGCCGGACCCCGCCCACUCUGCUGAGCACCCUGCAGUACUCACGGCCCUCAAGCGGAACCCUGGCAUCAGCCUCACCUGACUGGGCCGGGCCCGGGGCCCGUCUGCGGCAGCAGUCCUCCUCCUCCAAGGGCGACAGCCCAGAGCUGAAGCCUCGUGCAGUGCACAAGCAGGGCCCUUCACCUGUGAGCCCCAAUGCCCUGGACCGCACGGCUGCUUGGCUCUUGACCAUGAACGCGCAGUUGUUAGAAGACGAGGGCCUGGGCCCAGACCCCCCCCACAGGGAUAGGCUAAGGAGUAAGGAGGAGCUCAGCCAAGCAGAAAAGGACCUUGCAGUGCUGCAGGACAAAUUGCGAAUCUCCACCAAGAAGCUGGAGGAGUAUGAGACCCUAUUCAAGUGCCAGGAGGAGACGACGCAGAAGUUGGUGCUGGAGUACCAGGCGCGGCUGGAGGAGGGUGAGGAGCGGCUGCGGCGGCAGCAGGAGGACAAGGACAUCCAGAUGAAGGGCAUCAUCAGCAGGUUGAUGUCGGUGGAGGAGGAGCUAAAGAAAGACCACGCAGAGAUGCAAGCAGCUGUAGACUCCAAACAGAAGAUCAUCGAUGCCCAGGAGAAGCGCAUCGCCUCACUGGAUGCUGCCAACGCCCGCCUCAUGAGCGCGCUGACACAACUGAAAGAGAGGUACAGCAUGCAAGCCCGUAACGGCAUCUCCCCUACCAACCCCACCAAAUUGCAGAUUACUGAGAACGGCGAAUUCAGAAACAGCAGCAAUUGUUAACCUGCCCGAGGCGGGAGGAGCCUGCCCAAGGAGAGGGAGGACUGUGGUGCCGUGGGCAGGGUCUCAGCCUGGGGAGGAGCGCCCCCCACACCAUGGCAGCCCUAGCACGGGCUCGGGAGGCUGAGGCUCACCUCCCCUCCACCCGCUGUCCAGGAUCGGGCCGCAGAGGGCGCAGCGUGAGACUGAUGCAGCGGGAGGCGGCUCAUAGCCCUCCCCUCCUCUUCUGGCCUGAAAAGCGCGUUUGGGUGCAGGCGGGAGAGACUGCACGCUGGGGAGCGGGGCAGCCAUGGGGGUGGAAGACCUGCCAAACACAUGUCUUUGUUGGUUAUUAAAUUUGGUGUGUGUCACCUUCCCUCCUUGACCUGGCCAAGUGCAUGUACCCCAGGCCCUCUGCAGGGGGCCACUGCCUGGAGAGGUGGGAGGAUUACCGAGCUGGGGCCUGCUCCUGGGGGCGCCCAAGAUGGCUUGGCAGCCAGGCCUCCGCCCUGUGGCCCAGUGCCCUCAGGUUCUGGGAGCCGACAGGCCAGUGAACAGGCAGGGAGAUUGUGGGGAGAGCCCCAGAGCUGCCGGCGUUCCAUGGCCGCGUGCCCACCUCCACCUAACAACCUGCCUCUGCAUGCAGCCUGUUGGGCCCUCCCGGCUGUGAGGGGCCGAGAACUCACCCCCACACACCUGUCCCCACACCGCCACCCUGCACACUCCUUCCCCACCUCCUGCCACCUGCCCUUUCCUUAGUUGUGUUGCCAGAUGGACCCAGUGAGGAUUGUGGCUCUCGUACCUGUGGGGACAAUCCAGAGCCUCCCACACUUGCCACACAGCCCUGGGCUGAAGCUCUGGGACUCUCAAAAGCCAAAGGUCUGGGCAGCGUUGGCCCAGAUGGCCCGUGUGCGAUGCCUGCCCCUCCCCUGGGGGCCCAGUGCAUCUGCAGCACCAUGGCCCUGUAGGGAGUGGCCUGCUGGUGCUCACCCUGAGAAAAGGUGAUCUUUCCUCUGAUUGAUAGUUAAAAAAAUUCUACUGCCCGCAGGCCCUGAGAAGGUGGAUAACUGUGAUUUUCUUUCCUUUCACAGUAUGCAUUAGAAACAAAAGCCCGCUUGCUCGCUUGCUGGAACACAGGGGCCUUUUAAAUUGAGCGUGUGCACUGCAUGGGAAAUAGCGGCCCUGGAGGAUGGUAGACUUGCUCCCUCUCCAAGACAGCAGCGGCCUGCACCAGGCCCCGUGUGUGCGGCCAGCCUCCUCCUCACCCUCCUGGGCCCCCAGCCAAGGACCCAGGCGUUGCAGAUCCUAGGGGGAGGGGCAUACCCACAGCCUCGGCUGGUUUCCUCAGCUCUAGGCUGAUCUGUAGCCUAUCUGUCAGCCCCCUCUCUUGUGGGACAUAAGUGGGCAGGAGCUUGGGUCUUGAUCCCUGCCUGUUCCCACCCCCUACAUAUUCAAGCCUUGGCCUUAGAUGACAGCCAAGGUGGCCAGAGCCAGGCUGGGCAAGCUGGGACUGCAGGAGCUGCGAUUUCUGGCCCCCAGCCUCAGGACAGUGGGGUAUCCCUUGCAAAGAGGUGCUCGUCCCACUCCUGCCUCUGUGACUGGGCAGAGCCAGGGCUGCCCCAGAGUCCUCACCAAAAAGGGUGGCCCAGACCUGCCCUGUAACACCAUUCUAGGCUCAUGGAGGUGAUAAGUGGCUGCUCUGGGAAGGAGCUUGUAGCUGUAACUCAUGAUGCCAGUGAAGGCCAGAGACACAUGCUGGGGGUGGGGAGGGGGCACUGAGGGGCACAGGCCUCAGGAAGGAAGGAGGUGGGGCUGAGGCUCAACCACCCUGACUGCCCUACUCACCCGUCCACACCCUCGCGCCUGCGUGUUUCAGACCAGGGCGGCCACACAGGCAGGGCCCAACUCCAGGGAUGCAAGCGACCUCGGACUGAGCACCUCUUAGCAAUACAGAGGGGGGAGGCUCCCAGAGCCUGACGGGCAGGAUGCAGCUGCUGUGGCCAGUGCUGGUCGCUCUUGGUGUGGUUGUGAGCUCUCAGGCUGAGAGCCUUACUUACCUAGUGCAAAAACUGUAAAACUGUACAGACUCUUCACAGAUUUUUAUCUUACUUGCAAGUCUGACGAUUUUUGUAAAUGUUCUUGGUGUUUGACUGUAAUGUAACUAUUCACCUAAUGGUUGUACAUAGUACUUGAGUCCUGGUGCUGCUGAGGGCUGGCCGGGACUGCUGCUCCCUGAUGGUUUUUAUUUUAUUUUUUAAUCUAGAGAACAGUAUUGGGCAGGAGGAUGAGCUGUGGGAUUUGGGUAUUGUGUAUUUUCCCGCCUAUGGCAUUUAUGUGUUGGCUUUGCCUCGUGCUGUCUGGGUGUAGACUGACGGAGCCAUUUGCUCUGUGGGCUGGCAAGGUUGGCUGACACCAGGGGGCAGAGACCCCUCUCCCCAGGGGGGCCCAGCUUGCCACCAGUGCAGAAGUUGCUAGAGGCCUGGAGGGAAGGGAGUGGAGGAAGGGCAGCCCCUGCUCUGGGAAGACCAGCUGGGUCGUGGCCUCAGGCUCUGUUGGCAGAUGUUUGGUCCCUCCCUCCCCUGCCAACACAGACAAGCCUGACUUUUCGUGCUUAACUUCUAUGUUCAGGGUCAAGGAAACUGCCAAACUUUAUAUAAGUGAAGACUAUUUCUCCGACUGCCUAGAAAGGGGGGUGGGGAAGUCAGGCCAGAGAGCCCCCUCACAUCCCCACUCUCCAGAGCAUCCACCAUGAGGUACACAUCUGUUCUCACAGUCCACCCAUCUGCCAGCCAGCCCGACCAGGGAACAGCCCCUCUCUUUUUACACACCCAGCCACAAAGCCAACCGUGCCCCCCACCACACCCCAUCUCCCCCUUUUGUAAGUAUGUGAAAAGGAAAAAAUGCAAAAGCUGGAGUUUUGGCUGGAGUGCCUCCCUCCAGCUGUGACUUACCUAUGUAAUAAUGUACAGAGAAAGUUGUUGGUGUUCUAAGACUCUGUGUGGCUGUGCAAUUUCUGUACAUUUGCAAUUAGAAAUAUUAAAGAUUUAUUUAGCUA